AUGAUGCAUUUGUGGGGUAUGUCAUUGACGACGUCCACUGGAUAAAAGAUGUUUUAAUUCCCAUUCUUGAGCCAAAAUACAAACUCUGUAUUCACAACCGAGAUUUCGUAGUGGGCAGACCAAUUGCUGAUAACAUUGCGGACGCCAUUGAGAAAAGCCAGCGCACGAUUAUGGUGCUAUCUCCCAGGUUCUUGGAUAGUGGUUGGUGUAAAGAGGAGUUCCUGAUCGCUCAUAGACAAUACAUGUUACACCCCAGCCAGGUUCUCAUACCAAUCUUGCUAGACGAUUUUCAACAGACUCUGCCAACAAUUCCUAACUAUGUAAAAUGUUACUUACAGACACAUACCUACCUAGAAUCUGAUGAUAUACUCUUUAGGAGAAAACUUCAAACACAGAUGCCUCGGACAGCCCUAAAAGAGAUCAUAAAAAACAUGUGAUUCAUAUGUAAAGGAAAAAUCUGCCAAAAAUCCCAAAAUUUGGACUUCUAAUGUACCAGUCACAUUUUAUCUAUGGCGGCCGUAGCUAAAAUAAAAUUGUAUGUAAAUAUGCAGCAUAAUAUAGGGAUGAGCAGUUCGAUGUAUAUUUUUCUAUAUCGACUUUGUGAGGCUACAUACACCGUUGAGCAAAUAUGACCGAGUCUUAACUUUCGGCAUAUGCAUUUCUUUUUGCUCCGAUUACUAGUCUCAAUAUCCCUUGUUUCAUAUAGGAAAUGUGUAUUUCUCCCCGAGAUAAACCGCAUAUCCAAUAUAUAUCUCAUAUAUCUAUAGUCA